AACACUUGCCAUGAAUAUUUAUUUGGAACAUUUGCCUUGAUGAGCAACUAAUACUUUUUCAAUUAUUGUAACUGAAGCCUUAGAAGUUAGAGAACUAAAAAUUCAGCUUAUAGGUUUCGAUAUUUUUUGGUUUGUUUGUAUCUGAAUUACUGCGUAGAGAUUUGACCAAUGAACGACCAAAAACAUCAUUCCAAUUGCUUUUGGAACUCUUGCUUCGAAGACCAACUUGAGUAAAUGCCCUUUUUAUUUCUUUUUUUUAUUUAUUUAUUUGUUUUUGGCGGAGGAAUCAUGGCGUGCUCAAAGGAUCCUCCUUUGGCGUGCUCGAAAUCGUUAACAAUAUAAUCCCUGUAAAUUUGAAUCAAYAUCUUGAUCAGAACACGGUAAACACAUUAUACGUUGGAACUAAAGGAAAUGCCUUCAUCGCACCUGCUASGCCCUUUAGGCUCGUUAAAGCAUUACGCCUUUGUUUUAGUCUGACGAGAAUAUUGCUCAGUUCGUAUCAGUAAUUCUAGUGAUAGCUGAAUAAGCAAAAAAGGCUGAUAAUGACAAGGUCAUAAUUUUACGAAAGGCGGACAUACCUAAUGGUAAACCGACUGACUUCCUUUCUGUUCCACUUUCUAACUUAUUUAUGUUACUACUUUUGUCAAAAGCUGAUCUAAGUACGUUAUCACUCACAGAUCAUGUAUCACGAUUAGAUAUUAGUGAGUCCAUCACGUUUAUUGCUUUUAUUAGCUUAUUUAGGGAAACUAAGCCGAUUAUAGUAAAACUAAGAUAUAUUAGUUAGGUAUGUAUUAAGARGACUGUUGUCGAAUUUCUUUACUCUCUUUGUCUUAAAUUUCGAAUUUCAUCACGUUUUUGUUAGUCAAAACAACCAGUAUUGAAUUGCCGCUCUAUAAUUAGAAUAUUGAUAUUGUAAAAGAAAGGAAAAAACAUGGAAGAUAGAAAGAUUAGCUAUUAGGUUACAUCCUGCAAUGUUACUAAAUGGAAGUCGCACACAUGAAAAAAGCUGCUCAACUAGAGAGAUCAUGAUCAGGUAGAGGCGUUCAACAUGAACCAAACCGAACAAGGAACAUUUCUCCAAGAGAAUGUCAGCUGCGCGGACCCUAGUUACACAGACUCAUAUCUCGUUAAAACCACAAAAACCACACUACUAGCUAUCACCAUGACCAUUGCACUCUUUGGCAACUUACUCGUAAUAUUCAUCGUGUACAAAAACAAAAAGAUGAGGCGAACAACCAACAUAUUCAUCGCAAACAUGGCCACCUCAGACUUGUUCAUCGCUGUCGUCACAAUCCCAAGAAUCAUCACGGAGCUCUACGUAGGACCACGACGGUGGUUAAUUGGAGGAGUAAUCGGAACUAUUUCUUGUAAACUAUGUUUGUUCCUGACCGACUUUUCGCUUGGAAUAUCAUUUAUGAGUCAUUCCGUCAUCGCCAUAGAUCGCUUCUGUGCCAUUGUUUAUUCUCUUCGUUUAUCACCAAUUACCCCAGCUCGUCGCAAGUACAUCAUUGCUCUGAUUUGGUUGCUAAUUUUUAUGCUCAAUUCACCAAGCUUUUAUACCUACAGGCUGCAAAAAAUGGAUGAUGCAAUGUUUUGUGUAACCAGUUGGUAUCCUCUAGACACCAAAGUCUCUCAAAUGACUUUUUUUUCGGUGAUAUUGGCCAUCGAGUUUGGCGUACCGAUUCUUCUCAUGACUGUCUUGUAUACCUGGCUAAUCAUAUCUCUAACGAGCCAAAAAAGUUUGUCUACGCAGUCCUUACACAUGAGAAAAAUAAGACGCAAGGAAGAUAUCCGAGUUCUGCGCAAAGUUUUGACUCUUUUGGUCGUGUUUUUGGUCAGCGUUAUUCCCAUCACGCUGUUGGGAGUGUUCCUGUAUUAUCAAUGGGACUUUGUGCUUCCCUGUUGGGCUUGGAGCUUUGCCUUUGUUGUGCAUCUUUUAUUCCUGUCCAACAGUGCAGUAAACCCGUGCUUAUGUAUCGCUCUCAACGCCAGCUACAAGCAUUAUAUCCAAAAACUGUUGUGCCCUUCGAAAUACAGUAACACACGAUCAUCUCCUGGUCCCUCCACUCAGAGAAAAGAAGGGAAAGAACUAAGUGAUUUUUCUGCAGAGAACAAACAACAUUUUCUGCUAAAUGAACGAUAAGAUUAGACAAAAAAUCUAUAAAGGGCAGAUAAAGACAAGGUUAGGGACCCAUGCAUUAAGCGAUAAAAAGAACAACUGCACCCCGAACUGCACCGAUAAAAAUAGAAGAAAAUACUUAUAUGAAAAAAUAAAGCUGCUUUUUACUCGAUUCACCUAAACCUCUUGUAGACCUACUCUGCUCUGUUCUGCUCUGCUCUGCUCUGCUCUGCUCUGCUCUGCUCUGCUCUGCUC